GCGCAGUCGCUGGCUGUGGGCGCGCCGGGCGGGCGGGAGCGGGUGCGUGGCUCAGCUGCCAGUCCCUACGCGCGUACGGCUCUUGGAUAACUUGCUGCUCGGCGACCGCACAAUGACUCUGGAAGAAGUCCGCGGCCAGGACGCGGUUCCGGAAAGCACAGCCAGGAUGCAGGGCGCCGGGAAAGCGCUGCACGAGCUGCUGCUGUCGGCGCAGCGCCAGGGCUGUCUCACCGCCGGCGUCUACGAGUCCGCCAAAGUCCUGAACGUGGACCCCGACAACGUGACCUUCUGCGUGCUGGCCGCCGACGAGGAGGACGAGGGCGACAUCGCGCUGCAGAUCCACUUCACGCUGAUCCAGGCGUUCUGCUGCGAGAACGCCAUCGACAUCGUGCGCGUGGGCGACGUGCAGCGGCUGGCCGCGAUCGUGGGUGCCGGCGAGGAGGCGGGCGCGCCGGGCGACCUACACUGCAUUCUCAUCUCGAACCCCAAUGAGGACGCGUGGAAAGACCCCGCCUUGGAGAAACUCAGCCUGUUCUGCGAGGAGAGCCGCAGCGUCAACGACUGGGUGCCCAGCAUCACCCUCCCCGAGUGACAGCCCGGCGGGGACCUUGGUCUGAUCGACGUGGUGACGUCCCGGGGCGCCUAGCGCGCGGCUGGCUGUGGAGGGGCCCUCGGAGGGUGCCCGAGCACGGCGUGGAGACUGGCAGGCGGGGCGUCUGGCGGGCGCGGAGGCGCGGCCCCCCAGCGGGGGCCCGGCGGCGGCGGCGGCGGCGGCGGGGCAGGCUGGCUGGAGCCGAGGACGCUGCGCGCCGCGAGUGUCCGGAGCGGCUGCUCGCCCAGGAAGGCCGAGGCGGGGACGUUGGCCGCAGGGCCGGGAAGGACACAGACCGGCCGGGCCAGCGUGACUCAGCAGGAGGAGAGCGCGGGCGAGACGGCCUGGACUUGGUCGGGCUGCAGGAGCCGGUGGGACUUAGCAGACUGCGCUGCCUUCUCAGAAACGGAUCCGGGCAAUGCUUCGACUUCCGGAGGAUGUCUUACAAUAAACCCCCUGAAACAGA